UUCAGUUGUCUGUCACAGACAAGCACUCAGCACCAACUCAUCAGAAGAAGAAACUCUCUCUCUUUCUCUCUCUCUUUGUGGAAUACUUUUGUGUGUAGAUUGGUAGAUUUAAAUGGGUUCAUCAUUAACAGCAACAGAGAUUAGUAAUCAUAGUUAUGAUUAUUCAUUUAAGAUCUUGUUAGUUGGUGAUUCUGGUGUUGGUAAGAGUAGUAUUCUUGUUAGUUUCAUCUCUAACACUACUGAAGAUCUUUCACCUACUAUUGGUGUUGAUUUUAAAAUCAAGAUGUUCUCAGUUGGUGGGAAGAAGCUUAAGCUAACAAUUUGGGACACAGCUGGACAGGAGAGAUUCAGGACAGUAACAAGUUCUUAUUAUAGAGGUGUUCAAGGAGUCAUUCUUGUCUAUGAUGUGACAAAGCGGGAAACAUUUACAAACUUGUCAGACUCAUGGGCGAAGGAUGUCCAGUUAUAUUGCACUAAUCCAGCUUGUGUCAAAAUGCUCGUUGGGAAUCAGGUUGACAGGGAAAGUGAAAGGGCUGUAACUAGAGAAGAGGGCUCUGCCCUUGCACAAGAAAUGGGAUGCUUAUUUCUCGAGUGUAGCGCAAAAACUCAACGAAAUGUUCAACAGUGCUUCGAGGAACUUGCUCUAAAGAUAUUGGAAGUUCCUAGUUUGUUGGAAGAAGGAUCUACUGUAGUGAAGAGGAACAUUUUGAAACAUAAAGAAAGCCAGGCACAUCCAAGAGGACGUUGUUGCGCUUGAAGAGCUGAACAGGAACGUGGUAAAUACAGAAAAGCACAAUCGAUAUGUAAAUCAUAUAGAUUGUCCCAUGCUAGAUUGUCGGUAUGAAUACGUACAGUUUUUAUAUGGACAGAAAUGAGUUUUGGCGUUAAAGCAGCAGCUUGAACUUUAUGUAAAUGAUGUUUUGCUUUUUUGUUAAAUCUGAUUGUUGUCUCUAUUUUCUGUACCCCAAAGAAAGUACACUGGGAAGGGAGGUGGCUGGCUAGACGGCAGAGUUUUCUGUAAAUUUGUCUUUUUCUUUUCCUUCUUUUGUUGUUCAAAAUCUUUAAGAAACUGGUUUCAGGUUUCUUGUAAAUGAAAAAUCGAAGUUUGUUUGUUCC